AUGGCUCGUUUAAAGAAGAGAACAACAAGAAGAAAGACUUCUAAAAGACCUACUGUUCGUCGUGGUAGGCGUGUAUAUAAACGACGUGUAUAUAGAAAAAGAAGAAGAUAUUAUAGACGACGCCGGUUGUUAUCACAACCAAAUACUGUUAAAUUGAAGAGUAAGCUUGUUUGCUCAAUAGUAGAGUUUAUUACUAUUCCUGUAAGAGAUAGUUUACCACAAAUAUUGACUAUGGCUGCUUAUCCUUCUAAUAAUGGAAUUGCUGUACCUGUUCAAGAAGCUGAAUUAGAUUUUAGAAUGAUUGGACAGAAAUUUAUGACUGUGCAGUCUGUAGAUACUGCUAAUAGUAUUUUAAGAACAGAGCAAAUAGCAUUAUCACCACCUACUUUUGUAGCAUGGAAUCCAUAUUUAGAUCAUAAUGUAAUGGGAAAUCUAUGGGAUUCUUAUUGUGAUAUGUAUGAUUAUUGGAAGUUUAGUGGAGUAAAGGUUAAAUGGAUACCAAAGGUUAAAACGAGUGUUGCUUUACCUUAUAUGCCUAAAAGUGUUGCUACUAAUUCAAGUCAAGUUGCUGGAACGGGUCCAAGUACUAUUAGUCUUGUUAUAGAUCCUGUACAACGUUUAAAUGCAUUUGAUUAUGAUAAAGAUGCUACUGGAUUACCAUAUUAUCCACAAGUAACAUUUAAUAUGCAUGUGUUAUUUGAAAAAGAUAAUUAUUAUUCAAUGGAAUUACCAACUGAUCCAGAAAGUGUUGUAGAAAGUAAUGUUUGUAAAGAUACUAGAUAUAAAUUAAAGAAUUUUGAUUAUGGACCUAAUAAGCCUAAGACUUAUAAAGUGUAUGAUAUGACAAAGCCAUUCAAAUUCUAUGUUAAGCCUUAUUUAGAAGAUAAGGUAGAUGAGAUAACUAAUAAUCAAGAUUCAACACAGACUGGAAUAACAAUUACAGAUAAAUUAGACCAACAGAUAUCUAAAAGGAAGUUAAUGAGAUAUAUUAAAAUGAAUGGAACCAAGAAGACUUAUCCAGUCUCAAAUCCUACUAAUAAACAAAAGUAUUCUUAUUCUAUACAAGAUGUUGCAUAUUUUGAUCCUAUUCUAUUUGGAUAUUUCUUUACAGCUAAUGGAAUAGAAGUAUCAGAUAAAUUAACAAUUGCUAAAGCUAGUCCACCACAAGGUAAUUCCACAUUAUGGAACGGAUAUUCAUUAUACACCACUCCUAUAAUAAGUGGAAUUGGACGAUUUGAAUUAACCUUUUAUACCAAAUUUAAACAAAUUAAGAACAAAUAUUUGAUUUCUUUUUAUCUAGAGAUAAAAUUGUUUUUAAGAUACUUCUUAUCUCCAUUAUUAUUUUUCAAUCUUAUUAAAAACGAUCCAUAUCAGUACUAUUGUUUGUUAUAUAAAAUAUUAAAUACAGAAGCCGUGAUAGUAUUACCAUUUAAACAACUUCAUCCCUAUUUGAAAAAUCCAUGGACAGAAGAUAUAAAUGAUAGAUGUCCAAUUAUGCUUGUAUGUCAAGAUUGUUUCUGGAGAUGUACUGUUCAAGGAGGAUGUGAAUAUAUUUGUAAUAACAAAUAUUUUGUUAAAGAAAAAACAGGAACAGAUUAA